CUUGUUGAAAUGUCUAACAGCUAUGUUAUACCGGAGGAAUGUCGGGCUGCUGUCGUUUUCAACGAAGGCCCCAACUUUACCAUGAAGACUCAAAUGGUCAAGGUUCCAGUCCCAGGUCCGGAUGAAGUUCUGAUCAAACUUAAUGCAACCGGUAUUUGCUAUUCAGAUAUCCACUACAUGCUAAACGACACUGGUGGUAGAAAAAUGUCAGCGUCCGGUAUAUGCUCCGCUGGACACGAAGGAGCGGGUGUGGUUGUUAAGCUAGGUGAAAAUGUGAAAACCUUUCAGGUUGGGGACCGCGCCGGGGUAAAGCCGAUUUGGUACACAUGCGGGUCCUGCAGUCUUUGUUGGGGAGGCAAGGAAGUCCAUUGCCAAAGGAAGAUCCUCACUGGGGUCGGUGCCACAGGAACCUUCCAACAUUAUGUUGUUUCCCCAGCGCGAUACACCACCAUGAUUCCAGAUGGAGUUCCGGAUAACAUAGCCGCUCCCGCAAUGUGCAGUGCGGCUACCGCUUAUCGUUCCAUUAGAGAAUCUGAACUCACCGUCGGAUCGUGGGCUACAAUCAUUGGUGGUGGUGGUGGUGUUGGGAUUCAGGCUGUGCAGAUCGCGAAAGCCUUUGGACUACGACCUAUUGUUGUUGAUACAGGAAGCGAAAAACGUGACUUAUCGUUGAAGAUGGGCGCAGAAGCUUUCGUUGAUUUCAAAGAGGUGCCCGACGCUGUUGCAGAGGUUCUUGCUCUCACCGGAGGUAUUGGAUCCCACGGAGUAUUUGUUAUAGCGCCGUCUGCAUACCCAACAGCUAUCGGGUAUAUCGGUGCCAGAAUUGGGGGAGUGAUUAUGUGCAUUGGACUUCCUGCAGCCUCGUCUGGUCAAGGCAUGAAUGUGGACCCCACUAUAAUGAUUCUGAAGAAUCUGUCAAUCAAAGGAACAUUGGUGGGCACAAUGAAAGAUACAGAGGCAGUAUUGCAGCUCAUUCAAAGAGGACUAGUGCGGGAGGUUUGUGAAGUCUUGCCCUUCGAAAGGUUCCCUGAAGCCGUAAAUCGACUCCGCAAGGGACAGGUUGCCGGGAAGCUGGUCAUAGACUACGAAGCUUGA